AUGCCUCCUCCCUUCGUCAAACCCGCACCCUCUCUCUCCAAAAUGGCUACAUACCUCGUCACCGGCUCCUCUCGAGGCCUGGGCUUCAACAUCGUCAACCACCUCGCUUCGCGCCCUGCCUCGGAAGUAGGAACUAUCUUCGCGACCUCGCGACAGACUAUAAGCACACAGUUACAGGAGCUGAUCGAGCGUGAGAAAGGCCGCGUGGCGUUUGUGAAGCUAGAUGCUGCGAGUCAGGCUAGCGUGAGGGAUGCGUUGGGGGAGGUGGAGCGACAGUGGCUCCGAACCGACCUGGGAGGCGCUGACUUUGCUGAUCUACCACCCGCAACCGGGGCCGAGGCGACGAUGCAGAUCAUCGAUUCGGCGACGAGGGAAAUGAAUGGGAAAUUUUUGAAUAUCAGGGUUCCUGGAUGGGAGGAGAAUCCGGGGGUGAAUCAGUAUGAUGGGAAGGAGGUUCCGUGGUGA